ACGACAGCCGGAGCAGCCGGUACGAGGUGCGAAGCGUGACAGACAAGUGUGAGAAGAAAGGGGGAGAGAAGAAGAGAGAGAAGGCGCGCAGGGGACCGUGCAGCCCUACGCACCAAUGGACAAUAAGGAUAUUUAACCACUUGCCCCGGGGAGCGCACAGACACCGCAGUCCAUGCCUCUGCCUUGCCAGGUCAUUGAUGGGAAAUCAACUGGAUCGGAUCACCCACCUCAACUACAGCGAGCUGCCCACGGGGGAUCCGUCCGGGCUAGAGAAGGACGAGCUUCGGGUCGGCGUCGCCUACUUCUUCUCUGACGAAGAGGAGGAGGUGGACGACCGCACUCCGUCUGACUGCGGCUUCACCAAAGACAACAGCCCGGCCGAGGAGGGACCGUUCUCGGUCAGCGAGGUGGAGUACUCCGCGUUCUGCUCCCAGGAAUGCAUCUUCUCCAAGCUGCGGGAGAACGAGGACUUGAAUGUGUACUCGGCCAAAACUUUGCUGACUAUGUGCAAACCGGGGGACCUGCUGGAGCUGGUGGCCAGGGCGCAAGCCCCCCACUGGGCCGUCUGCGGGCAGGACGACCAGGUCAUCCAUCUGCACAAGGGCGAGAUCCGCAAGGACAGCCUGCUUGAGAUCAGCAACGGCCGCCACGGGAGGAUAGCCAACAAUCGGUACCGGUACCGGCCGCUUCCCCCUGACCUCGUGAUGCAGAACGCAGCGGGACACCUGGGCCUGAGCAGCGAGGAGAUAUGCUGGACCAACUCGGAAAGUUUCGCAGCCUGGUGUCGCUUUGGGAAGAGGGAGUUCAAAGCCGGGGGAGAGGCACACUCAGCGGAGCAGCAGUAUUUCCUCAAAGUGCAUCUGACCGGCAGCGGGGUGCACACUCUGGUCUUUCGCAGCCUGGAGGACAUGAUCCGGGAGAGGAGGCGAGUGGACGCCAGUGGAAUUCUCAAAGAGCUGUCUUUGGUUAACGGGGGCAAGGAGUGAUCAGGGAUUCCGUUUGAUAUCCUCUCCUCCAUCCCCCUCCUCUCUCUCUCUCUCUCUCUCUCUCCCCCCAGCUGCCUCCUCUCGCCAACUGCGCUCGGACGCACAGUUUUGCGCGCACACAAAAGCACAUGGACGCAUACGCACGCAAGGACCUGUUGGUUUCGGACCGGCUGCUUGCCACGGGUGGACCCCGGGUGCGUCUGGACCACACCGCAGCCCUGUGGAAUUUUCAUUAAAAUUGCAGGGUGUUGAAAACUGAGAGAGACAGAGAGAGAGAGGGAGAGAGAGAGAGAGAGAGAGAGAGAGAGGGAGAGAGAGAGAGAGAGGGAGAGAGAGAGUGCAGCCACAUAAACAGACAACGCCCCUUCAGAUUAAAAUUCGUGCGUAAGUGGAACGGACGAUUUCUAACGACUCCAUUGCCCCGAACAGAGAAGUCACCUCUACAACCCUCACAUUGCGCACAAGGCUCGGUUUGGUUUUUUCUGUUUUAAUUUCUCGGGAUAAUGGAAAUCUUGGCCCCUUCUCCACACAGGGCGCCUGCUGCGGCAGACCAGACGGUGAGAUGGGCUGGUGGGGGUGAAACAGAGGAUCUGGGGUGGCUCUCGAAAAAAAAGUCUCCCGUAUAUUUUUUUACUGUUAGCUUUAAGACCGGGACUGACCAUGACACAGAUCCAAGCCACUGACACAUACAUCGACCUCUGACGCUCCCGGGCGACACAGUUGCCUAAAAGACGAAGCAUUUUGGCUUGUUCCGAGCUCCCCUUUGGCCAUAACGAGAGUACUGUCGGUCUCACAAUGCUGUCAUGCUGAUCCACAGCACUGGAUGUAUGUGUAAAGUGUAUUCAUAUUGAUUUCAAUUUGAGUCCCUUAUUUUUGUAUUUAAGUUUAGUGGAUUUAACCAUGAUCUCUUCUUUUUUUGGGGGUUUCAAAUAAAUGGAGGUUGAAAUAUGAAAAACAA